UCGUGGCGGCAAGAGAACAACCACCUUCUGGGUAGUGUCGCGCAAACCAUCGUUGGAUAAGCGUGUUCGAGUCCAACAACCCUUUUUAUAUUUUUAAUGCCAUUUAAAUCGCGUGUUCUAUCUGAAAUCAAUUUAUUUUUUAAUUGCAAAAAUUAAAUAAACAAAAAAAAUAUAUAAAAUAGUUGAAAAAAUAAUUGUGUGUUUGUUUUGUGAAAAAAAAAAUAAUUUAAAAUAAAUAAUAACAAUGAAAAAUAUUAAUUCAUAUAAAUAUUUUAAUAAAUAAUAAAAUUUCAAAUAUAUAAAUACGUUAAUACAGGUUAAUUAUUAAUUAAAAAUUUUUUAUUUUGAUAAAGUUAAAAUACAUAUAGUUAAAACAUAUUUAUUGACAAAUGAAAAUUAAUAAUUGUUUAUACAGUUUGACAUAUUGCCAUUUAUUUAUUUAUCGUUUAAUUAUUAACACAUAUUUUAUUUUGAAUAAAUUUUACAAAAUUUCAUAUAUUUUCAGUGCAAUACAAUUGUGAAAUUGUAAUUGAACCAUAUCAUAAUAAAUUUGUCCUUGUGUUGAUUAAUCAACUGAAUAAUUUUCCACCAGUGAUAUUAUUAUUUUUAUAAAUUUAUAUUUAUAAUAAAAAUCACAGUGUUUAUUUAUUUUUUAUUUUUCAAUAUACACACCUGAAUAAUUGUUUUUUUAUUUUUAUUUAUUUUUUAUUUUUGCUACCACAAAGGUUUUCUAUUUUAUGUAAAACAAAAAAUAUUAAAUAUAAAAAUUUAAAAGUGUUUUUAAAUGAAUGACCGUAUAGUUCCGAUUUAUGUUUUAUGAUGUUGCAUGGUGCUAUGGUGAUAUCCGGAUCAGUUAUUAACUGAAGCAUUGUUUUUAUUAAAGUUGGCUGGAGGUUUUGAUUGGUGGUAUUGCGAUAAGGGUGUUUAACCAGAAUGAAUUGGCACGAGGCAUCAUUCAAAUCGUGGUUUCCGUUGACGUCAAUUGAAUCGGGUGGAUCACUCGUGUCGGUCCACGAGGCAUGAGGAAAGACAAAUUUUUAACGUAAUGAUGCAGAGGGCGGUGCUACUAAUCUGCUGGCUGCCGUUCCUCAACCACUGCAACGCUGUUAAUCCAGGCUGUUCCUGCGUUGUCUACAGUAGCUCAUACAGUCCACAAGGAGGAAGCUUCAUGUCACCUGAUUUUCCGAAACGAUAUCCAUUAAAUAUUGAUUGCCUUCUUUAUACAUUCACCGGUCAUCAAGAUGAAAUUGUCGAGCUCAAAUUCGAUCAAUUCAAUUUACAUCGUGGUGGUACCGACUGUUCAAAAGGUGAUUAUUUAAAAGUAUUUCUUCAUCUUGAGAGUAUUGGCGUUUCUGAGUAUACACCUUGGUCUGGUUUACUCUGUGGAAGUUUACGGGACAUACCUCAGGUUUUGUACAGUUCAAGAUCAACCCUUGUGCUUGAGUUUCACAGUGGUGAGGAACAAACCAACAACUCAACUGGCUUCACUGGUACUUUUCGUUACAUCGACAGACGACUAUUUACUACGAAUGGCCAACUGGUGCCUGGAACAAUGUGUGACCACCAGUUCGUCAGUUCCCAGUCGACACCGCAACAUGGACGUUUCUAUUCACCACGUUAUCCAUCAUCAUAUCCAAAAAAUAUCCGGUGUUCAUACCACUUCCGGGCAAGACUUAAGGAACGUAUUCGAAUUCUGUUUGAAGAGAUAACGCUACAAAAAGGUGACUUGAGUUGCUUGAACAGAGCGGAUUUAAUCAGGAUACAUGAUGGAGCAUCCACUACAGAACCUACAAUAGCUGUUUUAUGCAACCAUGGAACGGAAGUAGAAGUACUCAGCACUGGAUCAGACCUUUACAUUGAGUUUGUUGCAAAUUCAGAGUGGCCUGGACAAGGCUUCAAAGCUAUAUUUCAAUUUCAAGUGUUAGAUGAUUUACCACAUUCAGAACUAGACAAGGGUGUCCCAGGGGUCGUUACGGGAAACCCAAGGUACUCGGUCAUCGGUCCGGCUGUCAGCGCAACGACUUCUUCUUGUGACAUGGUUUUUCACAGUGACACGACUAAAACGGGAAUAGUCACGUCCCCAGGUUACCCAAGUCCUUAUCAACCUCGGGCAACAUGCAGAUAUGAAUUUCAAGGAAGAGGAAAAGAACGUGUACAGAUUAGUUUUCAAGAUUUUAACCUAUAUCAUUCGUCUGAUGAUACUAAAGGAUGUGAUGGGAUGGAUUCCCUGGUGGCUUAUGUACCAAUCGACGGCAAGAUGGAACAAAUUGAUGCAUUCUGUGGCACAGCACCACCCAGACCAAUCAUGAGCAACGGGCCCAAGUUACAACUUGAAUUCCGUGGGGUAUUGUCAUCUAGACAAGCCAAGGGAUUCAAGGCCAUCUACUCAUUCAUCGAGAAUUUUGGAAUAACAACGGGACACCAGGAUCCGGAUUUCCCGUGUGCAUUUGUUUACAACAGCAAUGAGACACGUAAUGGUACAUUUGCAUCACCAAACUAUCCUGGACCUUAUCCACGUGACGCUGAGUGUCAUUAUUUUUUCAAUGGUCAACCAAGUGAACGUAUACGUAUACAUUUUCACUAUUUUGAUGUCGAGGGAGUACUACCAUGUGAAGCUGUAUCAGCAAGUGACUAUGUUGAAUUUUCAAAUUAUUUAACACGUGAUAGAAAACACUCACGUCAUUGUGGACAACUCAAAGAAUUUGAUGUUGAUAGCGAUAGAAAAUUCUUUCGUGUUACAUUCAAAAGUAAUGAUAGACUUGAUGGUACAGGUUUUAAUGCAAGCUAUGUAUUUUUUGAUGAAGAAGAUAAUUAUACGAUAAAAACACCAACAAGUACAGCUACAAUUAAAUACGAUUCAACGGUAGUGGUAAUGGUAGCCAUGUUUUUGAUCGUCAUCCAGUCAAUCUGAUACAACUGAUUCAAUUAUUUCAACGAAUUUCACAAAACAAAAAUAAUAUAUUAUAAACAAUAAGAAUCGUGAAAGAUAAUAUGAAAAAUAAAUGGUAAAUAAAAAGCACAUGGAAUAGAUGCAGGUGGUAUUUGAUAGCAAUUGAAAAAGAAAAAAUUAUAAGUGGACCACAUGAUCGUCAUUUAAAAACAACAAUUUAAGUGGAAUAUACUUUUGUGAUGUUAUUGAAUUUCAAAAAUUCACAAUAUAAAAUAAUAAAAAUACCAAAACAUCGUUUAAAAAAAAAAAAAAACAGCGACAAUCUAGAAACUUCUUCUAAAAGCUCUUUUUUUUUGUUUGAAAAAAAAUUAAACUUGAAACUUAAAUUUAUUUAUAUAUAACUUUAUCAGUGCACUAUAUAAAAUAAUAAAUAAAUAAAAUUAAUAUUUAAAAAAUGGAAAUAAACAAAGCAAUGAUAAGUAAAAAAAUAAUAAUUUUGUUUUUUGCAAAUAUAAAAAAAUUAAAAUUCAGAUGUCUGGCAUCUGAGAGGUCUGUGAACUUGGCCCCCCAAGUUUAAAUAAAAAAUUUCGAUUAUUUAUUUAAACAAAUUCAUAAAACCACUAUUGAAAUAAAUAUUACUACAAUCAAUAGUAGCUACUUUCAAAGAAGAUAUAAUUAAAUCCGACACAUAAUUAAGAAAUAAAAAAAAAAAAAAUCAUCUACCACCUUAAUUUUUCGACUACUAUUAAUCCAAAGCAGCCCAUAUAAUAAUUAAAAUAUCUCGGACAAAAAAAUAUGAGUUUAUAAUUAUUUUGAAAAUUUUGUUUUUUUUUUAAAUUAUUUUUUUAAACAAAUUUAUGAAACUACUAUUAAAAAAAAAAAUUACUACAAUCAAUAGUAGCUAGUUUUAGAAGAAAAGUUAUCAAUUCCGACACAUUAUAAAUAAAAAAAAAAAUAAAAAUUUUUUAUUUAAACUUGGGGGGGGCCAAGUUCACAGACCUGCAUCUGAGGCCUAUGCAUAAAUUGCUAUAAAUUUUUAAUGGAAAAUUUUACUUUUGAAUAAAUAAUUGUUUAAAAAAUAAAUAAUAAUAACGAAAAAAAAAUAUAAAAAAACUCGGCCUGAAGCAUUUUGAAUAAAAGAAGUAAAAAAAAAACCAAUAAAUAAAUAAAAGAAAAAUACAAAAUUCAAGAGAAACUUUGUAUUCCACGCGUGGCAAUAAUCCGUGUACAAAUUGCUUGGAGUACUGCCAGAAGGCACUGUUUUAUUUAUUUUUCUUCGUGUUGUUCUUUUAUUCUCAAGUGGUGGUCGUCGUCGAGAUUUGACACGAUGAAAUCGAUAGUCUCGGAUUAAAAAAUUUCCCAAAUAAAUGAAAAAAAAAAAAAAAAAACAAAUGUGACACGAUAAUUUUAUAUUAUUUUUGAUUAAUAAAUUCAAAAAUAAUAUUCCAAUGUAAAUUUAUACUAAUUAAAAUAUUUACUUUAUGAUCUAUAUUGACUAACUUGUCUAUAACUUUUGUAACAUCAAGAAAGUGAGCACCAAACCAAGAAAAACUGUGAAUUUUUUUUUUUUUUUUUAAAUAUUGAUAUAAGCAAAUUAUAAAUAAAAAUUAAUAAUAAUUUUAAAAAAAUGUAUAGAUACUAUACGAAAUAAAAAAAUAGCUAGCAAUACUAUAAAUGUACGUUAGACAAUUGUGAAUAUUUUCUAAUAGAUUUAUAAAUACGUUGACUACACGAUACUGAUC